GCUCACAUAGCCAAAGCAGAGCUCUGCAUGAAGAUCCUUGAACUUCACUUGGGCUACCUAAGCAGCCCGAGGGGAAAGGGUUCUCACAGUGAGAUGGUCUCAACCAGGUGCUGCUGCAGGUGGAGGAGUGUGAGUGAUGGAGGUCCUGCAGAAGCCACCCCCAGAGUGCACCGGAUAUUGCAGCAAGAGGAAUUUGGAUUAAUUAAAUUCAGUUCAUUCAUAAGUUCCUGUGAUUUGGAGUUUUGUCCAGCUGGCUCUGGAUGUGGAAGAGACGGUAAACAUCAGACUCCAGCUUUGCUUUCUGCUCUUUGUUUCUCCCUGGGCUUGCUGUCAGCCUUUUAGCAGAGGUGUGAAGGUGGGGUUGUCCAAGGAAAGGUGCCCGAUGGUACUGCUGGGCUGGGAGCUUUCUGAUGCAGGGACAUGUUGCUAUAAACAAGGAAGCAAAGCAAACCUGGAGUCCUACAGGGUAGACAUAUAAUCAUGGAAUCAUAGAACCAUUAAUGCUGGAAAAGACCUCUAAGGUCAUCAUAUCCAAUUGUUAACCCAUCCCCACAACUCAUAGAAUCAUAGAAUUACUAUGGCCAGAAAAGACCACUGCCAUCCCCAGGUCCAACCCCAACCCAUCCCUGCCAUACCCACUACACCAUGUCCCUCUGUGCCACAUUUCCACACUUCUUGAAUAUCUCCAGGGACAGUGACUCCACCAAGCCUUUCCCACCAGCCCUGCAGGGGUGCAGGCACCUCAUUCUUGGUCCUUCUCUUGGGAUGUUCAUAGGGAGGGGACCCUCAGUGAACCUUGGGGAUGUGGAGCAGUGAGGAGAAGGAUCACAAAAUCUCCAGCUGAGGCUAGAGACACCUCUAGGUCACCUGCCCCAACUCCUGUCCCAGCAGGGCCAGCCAGGGCAGGGGCUCAGGCCCAGGUUUUGGUGGCUUUCGAAGACCCCACAACCCCACAGACUGAAUAACCAGAGGAGCACAGCACUGGGAGUCACUGCUUUCCCUUUCAUCUCUUCCCUUUCCCCAGAUGAGGAGACUGCAAGGAGUAGGAGGGACCCACAUCCUAACACCACGGCCUCACCACUUAUAGGGACUGUGGGGAUGGAUACAAUGGGAUCCAAUGGAAUCAGAUGCUUUCCAGCCCAUUUUCCCCAAAUGUCACCGCUAGCAUCACACUGCUCUUCAGCCUGUGUGGGCCAUCCUUUGGCUUCUCAGCUUUCACAUGCAGAGGAAUUCCUUUUCUGCCUACACCCUGAAUAUGGCUGUUGUGGAUGCCUGCUUCCUCUUGUGCAUGUCAGUGUUCCUUGCCUCCAAGUGCAAUGUGCUCUGGGCCCUCAUCUGUGUGCUCUCCAUGCUUGUGUACUUCAUGUGAGACUUGGGUCACUCCAAAGGCUGCUGAGUUGUUCUGGCAACUUUGUGUUUUCUCAGUUUCUGCUUUUUUGGCCCCUUUAUGGUGGAACAGAGUGAUCCUGCCAUUAAGCUUAGGUUUAGUUCAUGGAAGAACCGUUUAAGAGAGGCCGUACGCUGUCAUCUUGGUGACCCUGACCUAUCAUGGAAGUUAGAACAAGAUGAUCUUUGAGGUCCCUUCUAACCCAAGUUAUUCUAUGAUUCUAUUCUGUGAUCUUCCUCACUGUUUUCUUCUUCCUACUCUUUGCCAUCCCACUUAGUGUACACUUCUUCCUCAACUUCUUUGUCUACACUGAUUUCAUAUUUGACAUCUGCCUGCUGCUGGCCUCCAUCAACAGCAGCAUUAAUUCAGCUCUUUACAUGCUGGUUAGGAACUACAGAAGCAGAGCAUCCGAUGCCUUCAUCCUCACAAUUCCAGAGGAAAGGACGGAGAGGGACAUAAGGGACAUUUUCAGCUCCAUCUGGCUUGGUGUCUGCCUGCACCACUGGCAGAGGAAGCCCAUCUCCCUCAGCCUGACCAGAGCUGGCAGCAUCAUUCAGCAACCAAAUCUUUACACCAUCACAGGGUUUAUCCAGGGAGGCAAGAGGGAACAGGCAAAGAAACAAGUGCCUGUGAUCAGCACUGUGUCAGCUGGACGGAGGACAGACAGACAGAAAGGCUGACAGUCUGCUCUUUGGCAGAACACGUGUGUAUAUAGGGCAGUGAGCAGGAUGUGCACAGCAUUAUGCAGCCUUUCCUUGGAGCCUGCCUUCUGAUCAUCUGCUUGCACUUGAAAGGAUCCACUUGGCAAGGGAGUUCUGUAGCUGGGGAGGCAAAGGCAGCACCCAGGAGGGAGAGAGGGAGAGAUGUCAGCAGAAAGCCAUGCACGCUCUCCAGUGCAGCAGGAACUCUCUGAAUUUCACAAGCAUUGCAGCCACCCUGAGCAGGGCUCAUCUCACUGAACUUUGCUGUCCUGGGAAGCCUUGGUUAGCUCCUGUGCACACAGCAGAAUGCUGUUGGGAAGUGCCAAAUGUCACUGUGAAGUUGUGGCACACCUAGUUUGGAAUCAGACAAAAGUUCUGCAGCAAUGCCAAGAUUGUAGCACAGGAUCCUAAAGAUCACCUCCUGAACAGGCUCCUCCAGUUCAAAGAUAUGGCCAUUUUAGGAACAGGGUUGCUUUAAAGUAAAAUGAAAGAGGAACCUGAUGGAGAGACAAUCCGCUUCUCCCAUAGGUCUGGCUUCUGAGAUCUAUUAGUCAUUUCCUGUAUGACGAUUAUUACCAGAACCCUGAUGCCAUCAAAUACAAUGAAAUAGUUUUCUUUUUUAUCCUUUUUUUCGAGAAUCCCUGAGAAUGUGACAAAUAUGCUUUGUGGAAGGACCUAAGAAAAAUGCUGAUGGGCGCUGCACAGGCUCUCCAGGACGUGCUUGUGUCCAGUUUCCAAAUGAGAGUUUGGGGAAACCUCGUGUGAAGAUCCCAUUGUGGGUGUAACAGCUGGCAAGAUGAUCUGAGUCUGCAGCACAUCUGCUCCUGUGAAGAUCUCCAGGCUGCGACAGGAAAGCUGUGUGAGAGGAAGCUGGAGCAGCACGGUUUCACAAUGAGCAUACCGCUCCCCACCGCAGGAAGAGCCAGCCCUGCUUGCUGGAGCCAGCCCAGCACGAUAGCUUACAGCAGAGCUUGGCACCACGGGCUGCUGAGGCAAGCUGGCUCCUAUGAGGACGACUAUGACUGGACACACUGUGAAGCCAGUGCUUUGAGCAAAGUCCCUGUCACAGUGCUCAUCUGCCUCUGUGGGCUGGUGGGCAACGGGGCCAUCCUCUGGCUACUCAGAACCCGCGUCCGCAGGAACUUCAUCACCAUCUACAUCUUCAACCUGGCCAUGGCCGACUUCACCUUCCUGUUCUCCAUUGUCAUUGCCCUCAUAAUAUUUUAUGGCCCACAGAGCUUUUGUCACAGUCUGGCCUCACAGGACGUGAUGACAGUGUUGAACAUGGCCAUCACCUUUGCUUUCAUCUCUGGUGUCUACCUCACGGCAGCCCUGGGUGCCAGGACCUGCCUGUCUGCCCUCCCACAGCCCCUCUGCCCUUGCCAGAGCUCCUGGUGCUUGCCAGCACUCCUGUGUGCCCUGCUCUGGGCCCUUGCCCUCUUGCUCACUGUGACCCUCUAUUUCUCCCCACUGAUGCUAAUUGCCUUUGUCUUCAGCUACCUCUUGUCGGUGCUUAUCCUAAUUCUUUCUGGUUUAGCCCUCUUUGCUAAGCUCUUCUGCUGCUCAUGGCAAUAUCCGCCGAGGAAGCUCUGCAUUGCGGUCUUGCUUGCUGUCAUCUCCUUCCCCUUCUUCACUGCUGACUUCGCUUACUGGCUGUUGCUAAGGCUGUUUGAUUUUUCGGCUCUUGCUUUUGGCACCUCUCUCCUAUUCGCAUGUAUGAACAGCAGUAUUAAACCUGUCCUUUACUUUCUUGCUGGGUGCUGUAUGAAGAAGUUCACAGUCUCCGUGAGGGCUGCUUGCCAGAGAGCUUUUGAAGAGGUAAUGGAGCCAGAAAACGUAGGUGAAGCUUCCCAAGAAAGCACAGUGGAAAUGGAUGUUUAAUCCAUUUGAACCUUUUGCUUGGAAUCUUUUGGUUUGAAUCUGGCCUAUCCAGCAGGGCUGAGCUGUGUCUGUUUCAAAAGGAGCUUGCGCUACUCUGUGGGCUACUAAAGCAGAGCCACAGAGGCUCUCAGUUCCUCAUGGUGCUUUGCCUUGGGGCUUCUGCUGAAGGGUUGAGUACUGCUGGGUAUGAGGGUCUGGGCAAAACUCUUCUGCUUGCAUCUCCAUUGUGUGUGCAAAGACUGUGUGGAGACCUCCCAUUCAGCUCUUGAACAGACAAGUGAGGCAAAAGAACCUCUACACCAGCAGCAUGAAGGCUCCUUUGGGAUGUUUCCAGCUCUUUGGACAAAGCUUUUGUGGACAUGCUGAAAAGAGAAACAUGUCUUUAAAUCCUUGGAGCUGCUUUCCUGCAAAGACACUCUCCUCGCAGCUAAGAGCAUGAAAAGAAUGUAACAUACUUACAUUACCUACUCCACACUACUGAAUUACAUUAAAUUACUUAUGGGACAUACUUGCACAGCAUUUGCUGUUUGUAAAAUGUCAUUGGUUGGCUGGGGUGCGUUGCACAUGCCUGGGGAAGCCUGGUCCAUCAGAGCAGAUCCUGGCAGAGGAUCUUCUCCAGGCAGAGGCUCAGGAGCAAAGUAAAGCUUUCUUUAUGCAGCCACCAGCUGUGAAGCUCUCUGCAUGUGAGUAAGACCUGUAGACCCCAAGCUAUGCAGAUAUGAGUGUUUGAGGACGCGGCUUGUCUCAUCCAAAGACAGGCCAAGUGAAACAGGUGCCCCUCUGCAGCAGAGCCCUCUUCCCAUCACAGGGACACAAUCUCUGCUGCCAGCCCCGAGGAACCCUGCCAGGCAGGUAACCACUCCUGGAGCACAAUGCCUUAUCUCCACACCUGACUGCCUGAAAAUAUCUGGAAACACCAGGGCUUUUUUGAGCAACUCAUACAGAAAUCAUGAUUUAAAAAAUGUUAUCCAUGCAAAACGACUCUGGGAAAGGCCAGCAGGAUUUUUGAUUUGCAAAUCAAACCUGUUUAGCUGCAUUCAAAACUUUCUGAACGAUGUCUCCUGUUUUUAUUUGUUCUUUUUCCCACUAGUAGGCACCUUAGGCAACAAGCUACAUAUAUAUAUAUAUCUUUAUAUAUACAUAUAUGUAUAUAAGUAUAUAUAUAUACUUCUGACCGAUCACUGUCACCUUGUUCUCUGUUCUGGUAAAGGUACAUAGCUUCUUUUGCUGUCAGGGCAAGGAGCUGUGCCUACAGUUGAUGGAGGUUUAUUUGUAAUGACAGAGGCAGGGGAGGAGAAGCAGGCACUGUGUCACAGCAGGAAUGCUGACAUAUCUCUUCCCUCUGACAUAUCCUUCCCCUAUGCCAUUCCCAUAUCUCCAUCCUCUGGGAAUGGCAUCCAGCAGCACCCUUCCUAAUGCCUAAGAGGGACACAACUCUGCCCAGCCUGGGGCAUGAAGGCUGCUAAAGUGACUUCUCCAUGGGAUCCUUUAAUGUGGCACUGAAAUCGUGGCUGAGUUACUUGUGUAUUCCCUUUGCCUUACUUUAGGAACAAAACCAUGGGAAUUAUAAGGUGUACUAAAAGAACAUUACUUUACUGCUAUAAAACAAAGGCUGUUAAAGAUGCCUUAAAGAAAGCAGACAGCCAGAGUUCUGGUAGAAGUUCAUUUCAAAUCAGAUAAUGAUUUAGGUUGCUUCUUAUGAAACCUGGUUGUCAACAGAGAAAACUGCGACAAGCUGCCCCCCAACCCCAACUCCUGCCAUGCACUGGUUGCCCCCCCACCAGCUCAGGCUGCCCAGGGCCCCGUCCAGCCUAGCCUUGGGCACCUCCAGCAAUCCCAUUAUGUCCUCCACCUUCAUCUUCCUGUGGCAUUCAGUGUUCU